UCCUCCAGGACGGGCAUGGCCCGUAAUUCCUACGGGCGCUGCGCGAUCUUCCUGGCGAUCGCGCUGGUCAUGGACGUAGCCGGGCUGGUCUUGCUGUUGGUGGGGGGCGUGGGGAGACCUACUGUAGACGGGCGCCCCUUUAAAGACUUCUUAAUGCUGACCGGGGGGCUCCUGCUCUUCCUCUCGCUGCUCUGCUGGCUGUUCUGGUAUUCGGGAAACCUGCGCGGGGUGCCUGUGGAAGAACUGCCUCUCGGGACGGCCGGGAGGUCUCCCGAACCCCGCCGCCACCCCAGCUUCCUGCGCUUGGCAGCCAAGCUUUCCGAGCGCCUGUCCCAGCGCCGCCGACUGGCGCCUGCGCCCUCCUUAUUCUCUGCCUGUGGCGCCCCAGCGAAGACCCCGAAACCUGCAGCCUCCCUCCAUCCCGACGGGCCCCUGGAACUCGGCCGCCUCCGCACUGGGGUGCCUGUAAACUACGGGACAAAAGAGGAGCGGCUGGUGUAAAGCAUCGCCUUUUGGAACUGGAAACAGAAACCAGAUCCAUUCUUCUAUUUAUGCUCCACAUUACCCUUUUAUUGAUGGAACUUCCUGCUGUGCCCAUGCUACUGGACAAAUUUGAUUCUUGGGGUGUUGGACUUCUACUCAGAGACGAUUCCAGCAAAUUCUCACAGUGUCACCUCUUUGUGUAUUGUUCACACAGGCACAACUUUGGAUAGCAUGAAGAGUCGUUUGAUCAAUGGAGUCUGUGGUCUUAGGCUUUUGAAUGAUUUAUAAUGCUGAAUUUUCCAGAAGGAUUUAAUUGCCAUGGUGUUUUUUUUUUGUUGUUGUUUUUUUGGACUACAUUUGUUUUCUAUAGCAAGGCUAUAGUUCCUGUAGCAGUGGAACUAUGCAAACAAACUGGCCUUGAAGUUCUCUCUCAAGAAAUUGGGAUACGGCUAGUUGGUGCAAAUGUACUUGU